CUUCAGGACGUCGGUUUUGCUCCAGCCAAGAUUGUGGCGUAAACUUUCGACGCGACCUCGAACGCCAUACAUUUUUAAGGACUAAACAUUAAUAUUUGUCAGUUCAAACAGGCAAAUUACUGACGCCAGACUCUUUAGUGUCCUCGCUAAAGCCGCACUAACCAACACAUUUACUCAAAUUCCUCCUCCUCAUCUAACACCCAGCCAUUGAAUUUGGAGUCCGCUAUGCCAAUCAUGCGCUAGGUGAGAUAGACGCGAAAAGGGCAUGUUCGGCUUUAAAAUGCCGGGCACAUAAUGUACCCAAUGGUGCAACAACAGCAUGAUCAGCAACACGAUCAACGCAUCAACAGGAAUCGAAUUGUCCGGACCGCUGAGCAACAGCCGACAGUUGCAGUCAUUUCCAGAGGACGUUAUCAGCACCCAGGCGCUCUCGAACCAUUACAGGGUUGUUCUACGAAGCUGCAGGAGAGCACCGACGAGGAGGAGGAGGAGGAGGAAGAACCUAAGCCCAAAAGGUCGCUUCCCAGGCGAAUCUUCACAUACGUGAGAGAAGCUUGGAGUGGCGUCAAGUCAGCUCUAGAUUCUGAAUUAGAAGACCUCGAGACUCCACCUAGAUACCGACCAGGAAGCUUGGAGUCUCUUUCGAAGGCCACCAGGUUCACCCAGGAGGAAAUUAAGAAGAUCUACCGGGGCUUUAAGGCAGAGUGUCCAACAGGCGUGGUCAGGGAAGACACAUUUAAAAUGAUCUACGCUCAGUUUUUUCCGCAGGGAGUCAAUUCCAGUCAAUAUGCGCAUUACGUCUUCAACACGUUGGACCAAGACCAUAGCGGACUCAUCAGUUUUGAGGAUUUUGUGCAGAAUCUAUCAAUACUUUCCCGAGGCACUUUGGAGGAGAAACUCCGAUGGGCCUUUUCGCUUUACGACAUUAACGGCGACGGCUACAUAACUCGCGAAGAAAUGACAGAAAUAGUUAGUUCCAUUUAUGACCUAAUGGGCAAACUGGCCGAGCCCUGUAUAGAAGAUGAUACCGUAAAGGAAAAAGUCGAUAGAAUAUUUCAGAAAAUGGAUAAAAACCAAGACGGUGUGGUAACUCUGGAUGAGUUUCUCGACUGUUGCAAGACCGACAAGGACAUUUCCGCUUCUAUGGCCGUUUUCAACUCCUGCAUGUGACAUUCGGUUGGUGCGGUUCGAGGUGACCAAACAGAACAAUAGGAAUGAUAGAAAAAAAAUUGUUACAUUUGUAUUAUCAACGUCUGGCGAAAAUCGCGUCACCGACUACAACGGUCUGAUGUCAUAGGAAUGACGAUGCUUUUCGAUGAAGAAACCUACUAGAUCUUGCUCUAAAUCUUCUAACUAUAAGUUAGACACGUAACUAUUUAACUUUGACCAAUUAUAGAAUAUCUUACAAUAAGAAUAUCAAGCUGCUUCAAAUGUUGUUUUUUUAUUAAUGUGUCAGAAUAUUUCUUCGCCAACUUGGACAUUCUACCUUCCAAGCGGGCUAAAUUGUGUUCAGUAUAAAUACAUUUUUCAUUAUGUGAUGGAUCAGUUUUAUAGUGAGCUUUAAAAUAAUUGCCGAAGGAUGGUAACAGCACCCUCAAUGUGAAAUCAAUAAGAAAACAAUAAAUUCCAAGAGUCAGAUAUUUAAUUAAACUCAACAGUGUAUUAAAACUUGAUGGAGAUCGAUAGAGUUUAUUACAAUGUACAGACUGGAAGUCAACAAAAUAGGGCUUGAUCCAUAUUUCAGAAACGAUAAUAGUGUAUGAAUUCAGUUCUUACAGUGCCUUUGUCGAAGAAUUUUUUAGGAAUAUUGGUUAUCUAUAAUGAUUUUGAUAAAUGUUGUUGACUAUAUGAGUAUUGUUAUCUUUUACGAAAAUGAUCUGCUUUUAUAUAUCAAUCAAAAAGUUUAAAGCACGUUUAUACCUAAUAGCAAGUGAAUUAAUCAAAACAAAUUUUUGCAUCAGCGAUGGUUAUUUAAUAAAAAAUUACUAUAAUUAAUAAUGUUGAUUAAGGUCGGCUACUUUGGCUGCUUUAUAAGAAACAUUAAAUUAAAAUUCUCAAAAAAUUUUGCUCUAAAAUGAGAUGUAACUCUCAUAAUUUUGUCUGUAAUUUAGAGCUUUUCUGGCAAAAAACCGCUAAUUUCUGAUUAAAAUUAAAGUUGAAAAAUGCAGCUUUGUUACAGCUAAAGCUAAUUAAGCUUGAGCAAUUAAAUUGCCCCAGUUUCAUUUGGCAAAACCGUGGCAUUUGAAUUAAAACGUUAAUUUUAUUUGCCACUCCACCCGACACAUGCAAACUCUUCUGAGAUUAAUUGAUGGAAUAUUUUAGUUGAGAGUAAUAACAAACUAUUGAAUUGGGACACUUACAGCUGUAAGAAAAUGUAAUAAAAUUGUUCCAUUUGAA